AGUCGAGCCGCAGCCUCUGCAGAGCCCUCUGCAAGCCGCUCCACCGUGUUUCCGGAUCGGCCGCUGUCUGCACCCCGGUGCCGCACCCUCCGCCCGCGGACGCCCGAGCCGCCCGCUCUCGUGUUCUCCCUGUGGCCCGAACACAUAGUAUGACCAUUAGGUGUUUCGUCUCCCAGCCAUUUUCUAUGGAAAACCAAAGGGAUCUGGCCAUGAUAGCCACUGGCAGCUUUGAAGAAUGGGAUGCCUUUAAAGAAGCCUGAUCUUGGAGACCUCACUGUAGGACCUUCAAAGCCGGACCCCGGCAGAGUUCCUCUAUCUCGUCUCGUUGCUGAUUGGAGGUGCCCCUCCUCCAAUUGUUCUCCAUCUCCUGGGAGGUAGCAGGAAAUCAGCAUCAUGGUUGGAUUCAAGGCCACAGAUGUGCCCCCUACAGCCACUGUGAAGUUCCUGGGGGCUGGCACCGCUGCUUGCAUUGCAGAUCUCAUCACUUUUCCCCUGGACACCGCCAAAGUCCGGCUGCAGAUCCAAGGAGAAAGCCAGGGGCAAGUGCGGACUGUGGCCAGCACCCAGUACCGCGGAGUGCUAGGCACCAUCCUGACCAUGGUGCGCACCGAGGGCCCCCGCAGCCUCUACAACGGGCUGGUCGCCGGCCUGCAACGCCAGAUGAGCUUCGCCUCCAUCCGCAUUGGCCUCUACGACUCUGUCAAGCAGUUUUACACCAAGGGCUCUGAACAUGCCAGCAUCGGGAGCCGCCUUCUGGCAGGCAGCACCACAGGUGCCUUGGCUGUGGCUGUGGCUCAGCCCACAGAUGUGGUAAAGGUCCGGUUCCAGGCUCAGGCCCGAGCUGGAGGUGGCCAGAGAUACCAAAGCACUGUUGAUGCCUAUAAGACCAUUGCCCGAGAGGAAGGGUUCCGGGGACUCUGGAAAGGGACCUCUCCCAAUGUUGCUCGUAAUGCCAUUGUCAAUUGUGCUGAGCUGGUGACCUAUGACCUCAUCAAGGAUGCCCUCCUGAAAGCCAACCUCAUGACAGAUGACCUCCCUUGCCACUUCACUUCCGCCUUCGGGGCAGGCUUCUGCACCACCAUCAUUGCCUCUCCUGUUGACGUGGUCAAGACAAGAUACAUGAACUCUGCCCUGGGGCAGUACAGCAGCGCUGGCCACUGUGCCCUUACCAUGCUCCAGGAGGAGGGACCCCGAGCCUUCUACAAAGGGUUUAUGCCCUCCUUUCUCCGUUUGGGUUCCUGGAAUGUGGUGAUGUUUGUCACCUAUGAGCAGCUCAAACGUGCCCUCAUGGCUGCCUGCACUUCCCAGGGGCCUUCCUUUUGAGCCUUCUGCUGCUGACCGGACCACCGUUGGCUUUGGCCUCAGCUCCGGCCAGGCGCUGCUUCUCUUCCAUCCUGUUCCUCCUCCCCUCCUUCCCAUUCUUCUCUCCCCACUGUUUCCAACUGCUCCCCUUCCCACCUCCCCCCUUCCCUCUCCUCACAUGCCCACCCCUCUUCCCCACCUCUUCUCCCCACUGCCUCUCAGUCCUGGUAGAGCUAACCCUGAGUGACGGGGAGGCCCAGCACCAGCCAGGAUGCCAAGCCCUCAGUCCCUUGAAAAGUUCAGCCCAGCUCCGUCCUCUCCCCAAGCCCAGUCCAGCCAGCAUGUUACCAUAAAACAAGUUCAACCUUGG